AUGCUUAACACUACUCGGUCUGUGACCUCACCUACUACCAGUAGUUACGGACCACUGUCUAACUUCGCGUACCUCGAGGUAAUCUCAGAUACUUUAGUAGAAGGACACACUAGUGACGGGCCGCUGGAAAGCAUAAAAAGACAAAGGAACGUUGUCCAGCUGAAGACGGGGACCACGAACGAAGAAGCAUGA